CAAACCGGCUCGUCCAUUCUCUCCGCCGCCACCUCCUCCCUCCUUCAGCCGAAGCGCCGACCCGCCUCGACCGAAGGAUCCCCAAUGGCGCCGACGUCGAAGAUGGCGCUGGGCAUCAAGCGCGCGUCGCGGUCGCACUCCUACCACCGCCGCGGGCUGUGGGCCAUCAAGGCCAAGCACGGCGGAGCCUUCCCCAAGGCGGAGAAGCCCGCCGCCGUCGCCGAGCCCAAGUUCUACCCCGCCGACGACGUCAAGCCACGUAACCCCAGCACCCGCAAGCCCAACCCAACGAAGCUCAGGUCGACCAUCACGCCCGGUACGGUGCUGAUCCUGCUCGCCGGUAGGUACAUGGGGAAGCGCGUGGUGUUCCUCAAGCAGCUCAAGUCCGGCCUGCUCCUCAUCACAGGACCAUUCAAGAUCAAUGGAGUGCCAAUUCGCCGCGUCAACCAGACUUAUGUUAUUGCCACAUCCACAAAGGUUGACAUCUCUGGUGUUAAGGUGGAGAAGUUUGAUGACAAGUACUUUGCUAGGGACAAGAAGGCAAGGGCAAAGAAGACAGAGGGGGAGCUUUUUGAGACAGAGAAGGAGACUACCAAGAAUCUGCCUGACUUCAAGAAGGAUGACCAGAAGACCAUUGACGCUGAGUUGAUCAAGGCUAUUGAGGCCGUCCCAGACCUUAAAAACUAUCUUGGUGCCCGGUUCUCUCUCAGGGACGGUGACAAGCCACACGAGAUGACUUUCUAAGUUGGUACAAGUUUCUGAGUUUUGUGGAAGUCUUUUUGCCUAGCUUGUUUCUGUACUUCUGAACUGUGUACCCCGGUAGUUAACUUCUUAUAUCUAUUGAAGUUUGCCUGUCAGAUAUUAUGAGAAGGAUAAGAGAAUUAUUACCCCCUGUGGUUGUUCAUCGCAACAUCUUCUCAAUGUUUAGGUCACGCAUGUUUGCUGCCUUUUGAUUUCA